UUAUUACCGAGAUUGGGAUCAUCAUCAUAAUCAAAUCUUCUUUCUUUCUGCUUACUCUCUUUUUUUUACCAUUUCACAUUGACUCUCUGUGAAUACAUAUCUUAGACUUCCUCUCUCUGUGUCUCUCUAGUUUGAUAAAAUUACAUUUAAAACCAGUUACCAAUUCAAUUUAAUCAACACUGUGAAUCAAACCAGUUUUUGGAAAUCACCAUUAAUCAACAGUUUAUAUUAUAUCUUGUGAUUACCCAGAAACUAGUCUAUUAAUUUAUAUUAAUUUGUAUCAAUUUUCAUAUUUUUGUUUUGUUUUGUUUUUAUUUUGUUUACCUUUUUUUCAUUUUCCAACGCUUCUUUAUCGCCGAUUUCUCAGUGUCUGUUUGACAAUCCACAAAUUAAUAUAUUAAUUUAACCUCAUAUUUUCCGACUAAUUAACUCAAAUCAGUGAUAAUACUAAAUAAUCAUGUCUGACAUAGAUCUUGAAGACGGUUUCUCCGCUAAACAGUUGUUUGCAGCCGGUGAUGGAUUGACUUACAAUGACAUCCUCAUUCUUCCAGGAUACAUUGAUUUUCCAGCCGAUGAUGUUAUAUUGACGUCUAAAUUGACUAAAAAUUUGGCCCUUCAAGCACCACUUGUUUCAUCUCCAAUGGACACUGUUACUGAAUCAGAAAUGGCCAUUGCAAUGGCGCUUUGCGGAGGAAUUGGUAUCAUCCAUCACAACUGCACAGAAGAAUUCCAAGCUAAAGAAGUAGAGAAAGUUAAAAAAUACAAACAUGGUUUCAUUCGGGAUCCUGUGGUUAUGAGUCCUCAAAAUACCGUUCGUGAUGUUGUUGAAAUUAAAAGAAAAAAAGGUUUCGCUGGUAUACCAGUUACUGAAACCGGUAAAAUUGGGGGAAAAUUGCUGGGCAUUGUGACCUCUCGAGAUAUUGAUUUCAUUAAGAAUGAAGAUCUAGACACACCGUUGGUAAAAGUAAUGACCAAAGGAGAGGCAUUAGUAACUCUAACCGAGAGUCCAUCAUCUGGUUUAAGACUCCAAGAAGCCAAUGAGAUCCUACAACGUUCAAAGAAGGGCAAAUUGCCUAUUGUUAAUAAUAAAGGAGAAUUGAUUGCUCUUAUAUCGAGAACCGAUUUGAAAAAAAGUCGAGAUUAUCCUCUUUCAUCUAAGGACGACAAUGGUCAACUUCUUGUUGGAGCUGCUAUUGGCACUCGAGACACCGAUAAAAAUCGUCUCAAGUUAUUGGUCGAUGCUGGGGUUGAUGUCAUUAUUCUUGAUUCUUCCCAAGGAAACUCAUGUUAUCAACUUGAGAUGAUCAAGUUUAUUAAGAAAACUUAUCCAAGGCUCCAAGUUAUCGGUGGAAAUGUUGUAACAACUCGUCAAGCUAAAAACUUGAUCGAUGCUGGUGUGGAUGGACUUCGUGUUGGUAUGGGUUCAGGAUCCAUUUGCAUUACUCAAGAAGUCAUGGCUUGUGGUCGCUCCCAAGCAUCUGCUGUUUAUAAAGUAGCUCAAUAUGCUAGCAAAUUUGGAGUACCAAUCAUUGCUGAUGGUGGUAUCUCUUCUGUUGGACAUAUCAUUAAAGCUCUUGCUCUGGGUGCAUCAUGUGUUAUGAUGGGAUCCAUGUUAGCUGGAACAACAGAAGCACCCGGUGAAUAUUAUUUUUCAAAUGGUGUUCGUUUGAAGAAAUAUCGAGGUAUGGGUUCAUUAGAUGCCAUGGAAUCUAAAGAUGGAACUGGAAGUCGUCAAAGAUAUUUCCAAGGUGAUGUUGAUGAAGUUAGGGUUGCUCAAGGUGUGACUGGAUCAAUUGUUGAUAAAGGAUCAAUUCAUAGAUAUGUACCUUACCUUAUUGCUGGAAUCAGAUAUGGUUGUCAAGACAUUGGUUGUCGAAGCUUAGAAAUCUUAAGGGAAUACAUGUACAAGGGAGAACUUAAAUUUGAAAAGAGAACAGCUUCUGCACAAGUUGAAGGCGGUGUUCAUGGACUUUACUCAUUUGAAAAGCGACUUUAUUAGAAGCCAAACCACAAGAAAAGUCAAAAUAUACUUGAAAUUAUUAAUAUCGUUAACCUAAAGUCAUUCCAUGAAAUCAUAUUUUUCGUUCCUUUUCUCACAAUUUUUAAGUUGAGAAAAACUGAAAUCGUUGUCUUUUUACAAAUCAUGUCACAAAAUGCUGUCUUUCUAAAGUUAACUUUUCUUCGUUUAUAUUUCUCCUCUUUUCUUUCUCUGAACAAUUUUCUAAAUCUCAAGACUUUUCAAUUUUAUAAAAAAUCAAAGUGAACAAGAGCUAAAUUAUAAUCAUCUACAAACGAAAAAAGCUUAUUGAGAUUAAACCAGUUAAACAAACGCAGAAUCUAUACAAUAUAUAAAGAAAUGUAUUAAAUUAAAAUUGUGGCCAAAAUAAAAUAAUUUUUAACCAUGCGAAA